CUGCUCUCAACGCACUGCUGAGAAAAAGGGAACAAAGUUGUACCAUUCUUGAGCAGGGUGACAGCUAUCAGCAGGGAGUUUAGACCACUGUUCCCAGGAAAGUAAGCCUGUUUCUUGCUUUCCUCCCAAGGCCCUGUUGAGUCCAGCCAAGCACCAUGCAAGAGCCAAUUUGCCUGAUAGAGAACAAGCCGAAUGAGAAGCUGUAUGUCAAUCAGAAAGCCCUAGAGCUCCUGCAAGCCAUUCAGCAGCCUGUGGUGGUCGUGGCUAUCGUGGGGCUGUACCGCACUGGGAAGUCUUACCUCAUGAACAAGCUGGCAGGAAAGAACAAAGGUUUUUCUCUGGGCGCUACCAUACAAGCGAACACCAUGGGCAUCUGGAUGUGGUGCCUUCCUCACCCUAAAAAACAUGACCACACUUUGGUGCUACUGGACACAGAAGGGCUGGGUGAUGUGGAGAAGAGCAAUACUGAGAACGACGCGUGGAUUUUUGCCCUCUCGGUUCUCCUUAGUAGCACCCUGGUGUACAACAGCAUGGGCACCAUUGACCAAACUGCAUUGGAAAAACUGCAGUACGUGACGGAGUUGACUAAGUGCAUCAAGGUGAAGGCUAUACCUCCGGGAUGCUCUAAGAAAGAAACUUCAGGGGACUUUCUCAGGUUCUUUCCUGCAUUCAUCUGGACUGUGCGUGAUUUCUCACUAGAGCUGGAAUUAAACGGAUGCCCCAUAUCUGCAGACGAAUAUCUGGAAAAUGCCUUGCAGAGGAAGAAAGACAGCCCUGAAAAGCUGGACCUUGCCAAGAAAUGCAUCCGUCAGUACUUCCCCAGCCGCAAGUGCUUUGUCUUGGACCGUCCCACCUCACGGCGAGAGCUGAAGAAUCUGGAGAACUUGUCUGAAUCAAAACUGAAUUCUGACUUUGUGGAGGAGUUGCACAGCUUCCUUCAAUACAUAUAUGAAAAAUCUAAGGCCAAAGUGAUCCAGGGAGGGCAUGUGGUGACUGGGACAAUGUUGGGAAACCUGGCAGUGACCUAUGUGGAUUCCAUCCGCAGCGGGACUGUGCCCUGCAUCGAGAACGCAGUGCUGGCCUUGGCCCAGAUCGAGAACUCGGCGGCUGUGCAAGAAGCCAUUAAACACUACGAGGACACGAGAGUGCAACUUCUGAAGCUGCCUACCGAGACUGUUGAAGAAUUGCUGACAGCGCACAGCAAAUGCGAGAGGGAAGCCAUUCAAGUGUUCAUGACCCGUGCCUUCAACGACGAGGGCCAAAAAUACCAGAGACAACUGGCGAUGACCCUGGAGUCCAUGCUUCAGGACUUGUGUUCUCGCAAUGAGCAGGCAUCGCUAGACCGCUGCCAGGCCGUGCUCAAACAGCUGUUCCAGGACAUGGAGGAGAAGACUGGUGAUGGAACCUACUCAGUACCUGGUGGCUACCAGCAGUUCUUGAAUGACCAGAAAGAAAAAUUAGAGCAGUAUCAGCAGGUGCCUGGGAAGGGAUUCAUGGCUUCCAAGGCCCUGCAAGACUACCUGAAAUCCAAGGAGGCAGUUGCUCAGUCCAUCCUGAAUGCUGACCGGAACCUCACGGACAGAGAAAAGGAGGCGGAAGUGGAACGAGUUCGGGCUCAAGCUGCCACUCAGGAAGCUGAGCUACACAGAAAAAUGAAAGAAGAGGCCAUACAAAUGGCCAAGGAAAAAGAAGAGAGUUAUGAGGAGCACAAGAGACAGUUAAUGGCUAAGAUGGAGACGGACCGGAAGAAUCAACAAUUGGAGCAUGAGAGGAUGUUGAACGCAAAGCUGCAGGAGGAGAGGCGCCUUCAUGAAGAAGGCUUGAGGUCUGAAGCUACAAGGAUGCAGAGUGAGAUACAGCAACUGAAACAACAGCUGCAGGACAGUCAGUCCAGGCAUGACCCUUGUGUGAUCCUUUGAGAACAGAGUCUCAGGAAGGUGCUAAAAAAGUUCAGUGAAUGGAUGGGGGAUUCUUUAGGGCUGUGGGUAGAAAACAGCUAGGAUGAUGUGGUGGGAAAUGAACCGUUAUUUGUGCCAGUAUUUUGAAAAUCAGUGUUUAGCAAGUCUUUUGCAGUGUCUAGUCAUACAAAAAUUAAUCUAUAAUUACAUUUUAAAAACAAAGAGACUAAAAUUUAAAAGUGGUAUUGGAUGGGAUGGGGGCUGCAGUGUGAAGACAAUAAAGCACCUUCUACUUGAAACAAUUUGAAAGCAAGCCCAGUGUAGUACACUUCACAGCUCAGUGUGUUUGGACGUCUAUACGAAAGGACUAAUCCUGUACUGUAUCUAAAAAAAGUGGGCUGCAGUCCCUGGAAGUUUGUUGGAAUAAAAUUUUG